AAAGAAGAAGGAGGACUCUUUGACGUGAUCUUCGUUUUUGAGUCGCGAUUUCACGACAGUUAUCGGACGGAUUUGGAGGUCGGAGUGUGGCCUUAAUAUUCCGCCGCUGACGGAGCAGGUGGCGCCGCUUCGGUUUCGGUUCGUGGACGGUGUGAAAUCGGCCGUUUGACCAGUGGAAUCUGAACUUUUGCUACUUUGUAAUUGUGACUUUUAGCUCCGAGCCGAGUUCGGGAGGCGGUUCUGUGGGUUUAGUACUCUGAGCGGUUCGGUUCGGCCUGUUUGGAGGAAGUGACGUCGGUUGGCGUUCUCCUUAAUGACAUCACCUGACGCGCUUCACCUCCGUCAUGAUGUCACAUGGCUUUAUGAGCAGUAAGCAGGACUUCCGGUUUGGACCUUGGCACGUAACUACGGCCAAGAACCACAUCAUGAAGUCCAAAGACGUAGAGCGUCUGGCGGAGGAGAUGGGCCUGCCGUCGCUGCCCGAGAUGCUGUUCGGGGACAACGUCCUACGCAUCCUCCACGUUGACGGCUACGGCAUUGAGUUCAACGCCGUGGACGCGCUGAAGAGGGUCAACAACAUGGAGGACAGCGUGAAGGUGGCGUGUGCGCAGGAGUGGCGGGAGAGCCGCGCUGACUCGGAGCACUCCAAGGAGGUGGUGCGGCCCUACGACUGGACCUACACCACCGACUACAGGGGCACGCUGAUUGGUGACCGCAUCGCUGUGGUGGAGACCGCUGAGCGCAUUGAUCUGGAGAAGCUGAAGGCCCGCGAGCAGAUCAUCUUCUUCGAAGAGGUUCUGCUGUUUGAGGAUGAGCUCCACGACCACGGCGUGUCCACCAUCAGCGUCAAGAUCCGCGUGAUGCCCACCAGCUUCUUCCUGCUGCUGCGCUUCUUCCUGCGGGUGGAUGGCGUGCUGAUUCGGAUCAACGACACGCGGCUCUACCACGAGGCUGGGAAGAACUACAUGCUGCGUGAGUUCAGCAUGCGGGAAAACAAAGUGGCGGACCUGAAGAACGUUCCGGCAGCUCUCUACACCGACCCCAACGAGAUUGCUCAGCACCUCCGGUUGAAGCUGAUGCAGUGUGAGAAGCUGCAUCUUCCAGAGCUAGAGCUCGCUGCCGCCAACAGAGCCCGUCAGUGAAGCUUGAAACACUGCAGCCCAUUCUGCACGAGAAGACUUCGAUUGUACGAGAUUCAUCUUCACAAAGACGUCAUCCUGCCAACAUAAACCUUUAGACCACCCGGGCGAGUGGGCGUGGUCACCUGGGGGAGUGGGAGGGGCCAUGAGGCUGAGGUGAAGAUGUACAUUUACCAAAUGUUUGUGUUUUUGUUGGUUUGUCUGUAUGAGGAAAUAAUAAAUGACACAUAACGAC